AUGCUUCACGAAGGAAGGUCUUUCGCGCUUCUUCUAGAGACGCGCCUCGAGGACCUCUAUCUCGAAUCCCCGCCGUGUCUGCCCGCCAUUCCCGCCGCCAUCGGCGCCCUCACUUGUCUCGCUCACCUGCACCUCGCGGCGCACGCACACCGCCUCCCGGAUGCCUUCAUGUGCGUGCGCGUCCUGCGCACGUGCGUACUGCACAUGCCCGCCCUGGAACAGCUGCCUCUGGGCUUCGGCAGCCUCACGUCCCUCCAGUCCUUGCACCUCGAUGCGUGUCAAUCUCUCUUCUCACUUCCGGAAUCCGUUGGGGAGCUCACUGACCUAGACCGCCUGUCCAUCAGCGGCUGCAGCAGCUUCCGCCUGCCGGAGUCCUUCCCUGCAUUGGCAUUGCUCAGAGAGUUGAAGGUGAGGCGUUGCGAGGCGCUCUCCCCAAUACCGGAUGACGUCGGGCGGAUGCAGGCGCUUGAGAGCGUGGUGUUGGAGGAGGUGGGUGGCAUCGCAGGCCUUCCUGAGUCCUUCAGGUACCUGCAGCGCCUGCACUCCCUUUCCAUCGACCACUGCCACCACCUCUCGUCUCUGCCCACCUCCCUGCCCGGCCUAUCAUCACUCGCACAUCUUCACCUCAACGCGUCGAAACUCUCGGCACUGCCAGAUGUCUUCGGUCUACAACAGCUCACUCUCGACUGCAAGAACAUCACCCACCUGCCUCCGUCAUUCUUCAGCCUAACCUCGCUUGAACAGCUGAGCAUGUUUCACCUGGCGUGUGUGAGAGGGCCCCUGCCAGACGGCUUCAGCCGCCUCACACGGCUGAGGGACCUCUCUCUCGUUGCCUUGCCGCACCUCACGGCCCUCCCGGCGUCGCUAGCUGCCCUCGCCCCCACGCUCACCAGCCUACGCGUGGACGGCUGCAGCGAGCUGAGGGGCAUGGCGGAGGAGCUCAGCCGGCUGACAGUGCUUGAGUCGCUCACCAUCACGCAUUUAGAUAGCUUGAGAUCACUCCCGCGCUCGCUGCUUGAGCUGCCCGGGCUGCGGGAAGUAGUGGUGGAUGAGUGCAGUGAAUCAGGCAAGACCACUAGCGGUGUAUCUUGGGGGGCAAGGGCGCUGGUGGGGCUGGCGGGGGCGGUGGAGGUGGUGGUGGAGGCAGUGGAGGGGGUGGGGGUGGUGGUGGGAGUGGUGGCGGGGGUGGAGGUGUUGGUGCCAGUGGUGGAGGCGGUGGAGGCGGCGGCGGUGGAGGAGGGAGCGGAGGCGGCGGAGGUGGUGGAGGCGGCGGAGGUGGCGGGGAUGGCGGAGGCGGCGGCGGCGGCGGUGGAGCUGGUCGUGGCUCUGCGCAGAGGAGUGGCUCCGGUAGUGGUGCGCGCCAGCAGCAGCAGCGCAGUCGUGAGACCCUGUCCCCUCAGCAGCUUCGUGAGUGUGGAGCUGACCUAA